AGCAAUAUAGUGAAGGGAAUUUUUUCAAAAAACCGUUUGCUCCUCCAAUUAUCGAUUAAUAUCUUGAAAGUUAUCGGAAAACGACAGCACGUUCUGUAAAAAAUUAAAGCAAGAAAAAUAAAAAAAUUCUAGCAACAAUAACGAGAGAUAAAGUAUUUUUAUAUUUGUAUACAAUGGAUUCCAAUUUUGAUAACGAAAAUUAUUGGAAUGAUUCGUCUCGCAGCGCUUUCAAUUUCGACGACGACGGUGCGGAGACUGGUCUUAAAUCGUUAAUUGGUUUAGAAUCAAAUCUAGAUCCAGAUCGAAUACUAAUUGGUGACACAAUAUCGGAGGCUAGUUUCGACAAUACUACAAACGCCUUAAACUUAUCAAUUAACUCAAUUAUCUCGGAAGAUGCUUUAAAGAUGAUACUGGAAGAACAGACUUUAGAUGAUCAUCUAGUAUCGAAAGGUGCGUCGCCGGAAGAUGAGUUGAAAUUAUUGCGACGUCAAGUUCAAAGUACACUAUACGUUCCAACGCCAAGUUUAACGGUGCAUAAAUUCUUACUCGGUAAAAGGGUAUCUUUGGAGGUCUACAAGUCAUUGUCUGAUAAGGAGCAACUAUUAGAUUCUGUGCUUGAAAGUGGGUGCCCAGGAGAUGCUGUAAUAUGUGUACUGCUUUUUCUAGAAAGAACUUUAAAAGCAAACCAUUUUCAGUUUUUAUUAGCAAAAAGAUCGAAAGCCUUGCAUCAUUUCAUAAGUUUCUGGAAAAAUGAAAAGGGAGAAGAAGUAAUUUCCCUUCUCCGAACGUUGGGUAGGCAUGUUAAGGCAAGUUUACUGCAGUUGCAAAGGGCCUUUGACAUCUCAGAUACAAGCGAGAGAAAAUGCAGGUUGGUCCAAUUAUCUAACAGUUUUUUACCAAACUCCCCGGUAACAAAUUUGUACAAUCACAUGGUCCAAGGAUCAAUAAAGUUACUUGAAAUAAUCGAAAAUCACCAUAAUGUCUUAGACAAUAAGCUAAAUAUAAACUCAACACCAAUUGAAGUGUUAUUUGCAUGUUGUAGAAAAAAUGCUAAUUGGAAGGAUCAGGAUAUGAAAAGCAGUAUUUCUCCCUAUCGAGUUUGCGUUGAGCAAGAGAUAUCCAGCAGUCAGUUUGAGUGGACAGCCUUGAACGAAAGAGCCAAUGCCCAAGCUUAUGCCGACCUUGAUCUUAUAUUUGAAUGUGUGCCGACUUGGUAUCCAAUGAAGCAAAAACAAUUUCAUAUAAGUUUCUCUGUCGGUUUAGCUAUUCUCAGGCUAUAUGAAUUGCAAGCGCCUACCUCAGUUUUAUACAUGUUCCUAGCUCGUAUGACAAGCGCAAGCGAAAAGUUGACGUUGGCUAAAAAAGUUAAAUGCACUAAAGCCAUAAUCGAUGCUUUGGUGAGCUUAAAAGAUAUGGAUCAACUCUUGCAACUGCGCAACACUUUACCUGAACGUUCCGAAGAGCAAUUCUAUUGCGAUAGUGCUAUCAAAAAUGCGCAAAAUAAACGCUGGACCACCGAAAGCAUUAAACUGAAUUUUUGAUUUAUACACAAGACUUUGCCACUCGUACCGAACCGCGCAUUAUUUAAAACUUCGUUGGAUCUAUCCGGAUUGCUAUUAAACUUAUAACGAUGACCAAUUAAAUAAGAAUGUUCGAGAUUAAUCUUGAGAAGCGAUAAGCAAAAUCUUCCAAUUGCCCACACAGUGUACAACAAAAACCUUAUAUUAGAUGGCCAGGUAACUCUUCAGGAGAAAAGGCACGGUGCGAACGAAACCAACGCCUAUAAAACUCUGUCAAGCAGAUUUUCAUUCAAAUCUGCAAAUAUGCUGCUAAGCUCCGGUUUUCUUUAGAAACGAGAAUCGAUAGCUCCAACAACUAGAACUCAUCUGCUACUCCUUAUUGAUUUUACUACAGAGAGUAGAGAGGAAUAUUGUAAAGUGGAAAAGUCGUAUAUGAUUGAAGUAAAAGUCGAAACAAAAACUCUCUUGAAUGAAUUGUUUACUAAAAAUUUAAUUAAUAAUAUUCUUUAUAUGCGAACAUAUUUUUGUCGAAAAAGUUUAUAUAUAUAGUAAAUAUUUACAAAUUAUUUUUUGGUCUUUUGCAUGAUCUGUGCUUUCUAGAUAGAAGAAGAAUUGGAAAAUAAAUUAGUAUUAGAACCAUCUCACUCUAAAGUAAUAGCUUGCCGUUUUCCAUUGCCGAAUCUGAAGCCCGUACAGAUCAUUAAGGCAUAAAAAAUACAAACCCAAUGAGGAGGAGUUAACAACUUACAACAACCACCUUUAGUUCUUUUAAACAGUUAAUGUUAAAACGUUUUAGAUAAUCAUAAAAGAAAAGAUCCGAAUUGACGUUCGUACGCACUUCCGUGCACUUACUUAUAAGCAGAAGCGUAUGAAUAUUUGUUAUAUCCACUUUAUUCACGUUCUUUUAACGGAAGUGAAACCCACGUAGUUGUCCUUUGUUCUUUCUAAUCCUUAACUUAAUAAUUUAAAAACUGUUUGGCAAAUUUUAUGUAUUGAUUGUAAGCACACUUAGAGGGAGAGAGUAAAUAUAU